AAUAUUCUAUCAUAGUUCUGCCUGCCAAAUGUCACAACAUGAAAUUUAAAGAGGCUAUGCUUCAGUGAGCAAUGCCAUUUUUGUCCUUUACUAUUUGCUACCACCUGCCACAUAUGUAGUCUAAGAUGCUAUUAAUAAUAACUAGUCUACCCACCACCUCCUUUUAACAAUGAACAUUUUACUCACCUUCAUUCAAUUGAAUUUUUUUGUGGCUAGUCCUAGGACAACCAACAUGAAUUAACAUGCUGUGGCUUUUCUAUUUUAAUAUCAUAUUUCUGUCACACACAACCUUCAAGUGACACUGAAAACUUUAGCAAAAGUAUUUGUAAAAAUUGUCUUAAAAGAAUCUUUGAUGUAGAGGAUAUGUAGGGAAGGCUUGUAUCCUAUCUAACCCAGGGCAGAUCCAUAUUCUAUGGGACUCUGAUCAUAUAUAAUUUGGGAAAAGUCUCUAUUUCCAGAAAUGGUUGGAAGUUUUAAAUUCAGAAAAGGGUUCAGAGACUUUGGAAGAGAUCUUGAAAAUGAAAGGCUCUUGUGAUUAAUCUUCACACAUCAGAUUUAAAAAAAAAAUCUGGCCACUUAAUUGGAGCAUUAAGCAAACCCAAACUGAACAAAAUCUCACUAACUGUGAAUGAACAUCUGACAUGAGCCAGGCAUGUUAUAUAUUUCAAGCUCACAAGUUGAUCAGGUCAAUAUUUCAUUCUUUUAUGAAAAUGGAAACUUCAUCAGGUUCAGGAGUUUGGAAACUUGCUCACAGGCAGCCCACUGCUCACAGUGAAACUGAGACCCAAACCAAGUUCUUGUAAUUUUUUUUCAAUGUAAUAGUUUGCCUUUCAAAUUUCCCUAAUGAUAAAGGACUUAAAUUACUUUGGAGAAAACUCACAGAAAAAGGCUGGAAAUGGUCAGUUGGUAUUUGAAAUGGCAUGUCUUAAGUCACAUCUGAUAUCACCUAAAAAUGAAUCCAUAAUACUUUUUUCAAAGGGCACAUUUAAAAAUGUAUAAUCCUUUGGACUAUCUUCUACUUUCUAAAUAACAUAGAUAAGAGAAUCAAUCUUAAGAAUCCAAAAGAUAUGUGGUUCUAAUGCAGGUUGAAUAACAGAGUCAGAGUCAAUCUGUGGAGGUGAGCCCAGGAAGUAUAGCCCUCCAGAACAGAAUCUGGCUGGGGAAGACCCCUGACAGUGUGGAUCUUUCCAAACUACAUCCUCCCCCUAUAUGCCCAAUAUUCUUUCCCCUUGACAUUAGAUCAAAGUGUUGGGAUUAUAGAUGUGACUCACCACAUCCAGCUGACAUAAUGGGAGUUUCAAAGAUUAGGGGGGAAAUGACAACAGUUCAUCUAUUACUCCAUUACACUCAUAGUGUUGGCCAGUUUAACCUCUGUCCAUUUUUAAAUGUUGGUUAGAAGUAUCUUUUCCUUCACCAAACUCCUAGAAAUAGGUGCCGUUAUCUUUUUAUCUUUUCCUCACUCACAGAAUCCAGCGUUUUGAGCAGCAGGCUUUCCACAGAGGUUCGUUACCAUGGUGUUGACGACUUCUUUUUGAUAAGUCACUAUUUUCUAAUCCAACAGUGUUUUAUAAUGCAGGUACGCUGGCUGUGAUUCCAUCCUAUUCAUUCAAAGAUUUCCGAAUAACACUUGGGGAAUUUGCCUAAACCUAAGACAGGAAAUAAUCUUGUAGUUCAGUAUUUUCAGUCAUCAAGCAGCUACUGAUGCUUGCUUAUUUUGUGGUCUUGGUGCCAUUGUGACCUCAAGCUGUAGCUCAAAUCAGUCCAAUGCAACAGGAGCUUCAAGAACAGCAGUACAAAAUGAUGUCUUAACUGGUCGGGAAAAGAAGGCACAUAUUUUCAAGAAUUUCCCUUCAAGAUGACCAGUGGUACAAACUCUUCAGAAUCUUGCUUGUCCUCAAAAAAGAAUCCUAGAAUGGAUGACAACUACUUGAAAGAAUUGAAUGAAGACUUAAAGUUAAGGAAGCAGGAACUUCUAGAGAUGCUAAAACCUCUAGAAGAUAAGAACACUCUCUUACUCCAGAAGCUAAUGGCUAACUUGGAGGAAAAACAAAGAAGUCUGCAGAUCAUGAGGCAAAUCAUGGCAGGGAAAGGAUGUGAUGAAUCUUCAGUCAUGGAGCUUAUUAAGGAAGCAGAGGAGAUGAAACAGAACCUGGAAAAGAAAAACAAGAUGCUCCGGAAGGAAAUGGAGAUGCUAUGGAACAAGACAGUUGAGUCAGAAGAGCUCCAGGAUCAACAGAAAGCAGUACCAACAAAGUCCAAAGCAGACUUGAAAGAUGGAAAGGCUCUGGAAUCCCCCAUAUCAUUUAAGAAGGCCAAGAGUGAGCCAGAGACAUCAGAUGCAGAGAAUGUGGAGGAGAUAGGGAGGGAAAAGCAACAGAGGAAAAUAGAAUGGGUCAAAUAUGAGGAACAUCCCAACAUCCUUCAGAAUGGCUUCCAUGGCAAAGUGAUUGAGCUGAGAAUUGAAGCCUUGAGGAACUACCAGAAGGCAAAUGACCUAAAAUUAUCACUGUACCUACAGCAUAAUUUUGAGCCAAUGCAAGAAGCUUUGAAUCUUCUGAGGCCUCAAGGUAAAAUGGGUACAACUACGGAGAAAGCACCAACCAACAGAAAUGAGCCCGAUAUGACAAUCCCAAGAUCAAAGAACUACACAGAACAGCAAGAAGGAACUAGAGAAAGUCAGUCUGAUGAUGUUGGAGAGAGGCUCUUUUUUCUGAGGUCAAUGCCAGAUGAAGUUCUGAAGGAUUAGAAGGCUUUUACUCCAUUUGCUUUGGACAGAGUUAAAGACUAGGUACAGCCAUUUCUGUUCAUUAAAAUCUCUCAAACCUUGA